AUGUCGGUAGCAUUGUCAAAAUGGCAGCUACGCGAAGGUUGCAAAAGGAAUUGUGCGAUUUGAGAGCUUCUUCCUUGAAAAAUUUUACAAAUAUCCAAGUCGAUGAGUCAAAUAUCCUUACAUGGCAAGGACUCAUUUUACCAGAUAAUCCACCUUACAAUAAAGGUGCAUUUCGCAUAGAAAUAAAUUUUCCGGCAGAAUAUCCUUUCAAGCCACCAAGAAUUACGUUUAAAACGAAAAUAUAUCAUCCAAAUAUUGAUGAAAAGGGACAAGUUUGCCUGCCGAUAAUAACAGCUGAAAACUGGAAACCCGCAACAAAAACGGAUCAAGUAAUUCAAUCGUUGAUAGCAUUAGUGAAUGAACCAGAACCAGAGCAUCCGUUAAGAGGUGAUUUAGCUGAAGAAUUUCUUCGCGAUAGAAGAAAGUUCUUAAAAAAUGCUGAGGACUAUACGAAAAAAUAUGCAGAGAAAAGGCGAGAAACAUCAUCGGCUGAUUAAUUCGAAAAAGCCUUAUUGCACCAAGGUGCCUGAUUAUGAUGAAAAAAUCAGGCCCAGAUCCAUUGUACAGGUCUCAAUAUGCAAAUUAUGAUAUUUAUACAAUAAUGGAAAAAAAAUUAAGAACAAAAAAAUAUUAAUAUUGUAAUAAACAUACGGUAUUGUAAAUUUAGCAAAAUAUUUGCAAACUCUCUUAAAAGCAAAACAAGAAAACCUUAGAGCUAUAAUGAUGUUUUUUUUGCUAAGUUCUUUUUUUUAAUCUUUAUUUAUUUAUUUUCCUAGAGAAAAAAAUCCUACUUCAAAUGCUUAAAAGAAACGUAUAAUACGAAUGAUUCAUGAAACGAUCUUUUGUUACUUUUUUUUCUAACACAAUUUUCCUGAAAUAGUAAAAAAAAAAUUUUCUUUUCAACUUACCGUUAAUAUUUUUCUUUAUUUUUUCUUUUUUUCGAAUUAAAAUAAUGAAGAACUUUUUUCAGGGAACAGUGUGCAAUUGUGUAUAGAUCGUGGCCCAGUUCUCGAGAGCCAAAAAAAUAAAAUAAAAUAAAAA